GCUCACCGCCCUCUCAAAGAAGCAUUAACUUGCUUCACUUCCUUUCGCGCCCGCUCAAUUGAAAUUCCAUCAGUCAUCAUGGCCGCACCGUUUGUCAACCAGAUUGCGUUCCGUGCUCAGAAGACAAUGGGCAUGCUGGGUGGAUCUCCGACUUAUAAUGAAUUGGAGAAUUUUCCCAAGCCGGAGGGAACAUCUCGCAUGUUUCAGUAUACUCAGGACGGUCGAUUCUUCGCGCAUGCGCUUCCCAAGUGCGUCCGCAUCCUUCAUGCUGAAACGCUCUUGCCUUUGCGCGAGCUGCCCAUUGAAAAUGUCAUCGAGCUCAACCUUUCCCCUCUGGGCAACUACCUUUCCACUUGGGAACGCCCUUUGACCUUUGAGGAUGGAAGGCAGCACAAGAACUUGCGCGUGUGGAAUGUGACCACCGGCGAAGAAGCUAUCGCUCUGACGCAAAAGACCCUGGAAGGAUGGGAUCUUCAGUAUACCUCUGCCGAAACACAUGCGGUGCGCCAGGUCGGACAGGAGGUUCAGGUUUUCAGUCCUAGCGACUGGGGUCGGGGUGUUGUCGACAAGCUGCGGAUCGAAGGCAUGAAGACCGUGACACUCAGCCCGGGCCCCAAUCCAUCGAUAGCUGUCUUCAUCGGAGAGAAGAAGGGUGCACCUGCUUCAGUUCGCAUUUAUUCGCUUCUGACGCUCGCCUCUCCGCCAAGCUCUCAGAAGACGUUUUACAAGGCUGACCGCAUCGUUGUGAAGUGGAACAAAUUGGGCACCCAUGUUCUGUUCCAGACUCAGACGGAGGUGGAUCAGACCAACAAGAGUUACUAUGGCGAGAGCAACCUAUACAUGUUGGCAGCGGCGGGCACAUUUGACUGUCGCGUCACCUUGGAUAAAGAAGGGCCAAUUCAUGACUUCACUUGGAGUCCGAACUCAAAGGAGUUCCUCGUAAUCUAUGGCUACAUGCCGGCGAAGGCCACCCUUUUUGAUCAGCGUGUGAAUCCCAUUCAUAACUUUCCCACGGGACCUCGCAACUUUGUGGCCUUUAAUCCUCAAGGUCGGUUGAUUGCUGUGGCUGGUUUUGGUAACCUUUCUGGAUCCAUCGAUAUCUACGACCGCCGCACGCUCAACAAAGUUUGCCUCAUUGAAGCCCCAAAUACAAGCUGGUGCGAGUGGAGCCCAGAUGGUCUCUUCCUUUUGACCGCAGUACUGAGUCCUCGCCUCCGGGUGGACAAUGGCAUCAAGAUUUGGCACUGUACCGGCACUAUGCUGCAUGUAUUCAAUCAGGACGAGCUGUAUCAAACAACUUGGAAACCUGCUCUGAUAACUGAUGUGCCGGAAAUCAGUCAAUCUCUCCCCACCUGCCCUAUCCCGUCAGCCUCUGUCAUCCAGACCACCGCCGCGUCCCCACCUCCCAAGGCCGUAGGUGCAUAUCGUCCCCCGGGCGCUCGUGGAACUGCAACGCCGGAUGUUUACAAACGGGAGGAUGAGGGCGGGGCGGUUUACAUCUCGGGGAGUGGCACCACCACACCCACCAAGCAAGGUUAUCCCGCAAAUGGACAUACUGGGACGAAUGGUUAUACCAAUCGCGGACGUGGGUAUCGUUAUGUUCCCGGUGCUCCUGCACAACCCGUUGAGGAAAAGGAGAAGCCAACCCGUCGCAGAAAGGCAAAUAAGAAGAAGGAUACCAACGGCACCGAGCUACCAGUAUCCGUUGAUGGUCAGGUCAAUGGGAAUACUACUCGGCCUCCCGCCGAAAUUCUAUCCAAACUGAGCAUUGAUCCCAACCCUUCUACUGCUGAAGGAAACUCGCCGAUGGAACCUUUUACUCCAGGUGGAGAGGGUUUAGAUCCUGUAGCGAAGAAGAUUCGCAGCCUGAACAAAAAGCUGAAAGCGAUCGAGGAGCUGAAGGAGAAGGCGAAGCGUGGGGAGAAGAUGGAGAUUACGCAGCUCAGGAAAUUGGAGGGCGAGGCAGAUGUGCGAAAGGAACUCAAUGCACUGACAGCGAAUGCAUAGAGUUAAUCGUGCUUCUCUAUUUCUCCUUUAUAUCGUUUAUAUACGCGCACCGCUGCUCUAUUUGUAUCCGGUGCCUCAUUAAUAAAAGGCCGGAGAACCACAUUCCUUUGUCAGACAGCGAUGGGUUAAGGUACA